GGCGCCAUGUAGGUAGGUAGGUACGCUGUGCGUGUCACGUGUCGCGUCGCCCGGUCGCGCCGCUCGUCGUCCUCCCACCGCCCGCGCCGCUCGUCGUCCUCCCACCGCCCGCGCCGUUCGUCGCUCUCCCGCCGCCCGCGGCAUACCGCGGCAGCUUGCGACCAUUCAGUUGAGUCAAUACGAUUACUAGGACUGCACGUGAUCAAGUUUUUGAUACCAAAUUUUAAAACUCGAAAAUAAGCUAAGAAUAAAUUCCGUACCUAGAUAGUGAUUGUUUAUAGUUUUACGAGCACUGUUUUAAGCAGUUCACGAUGGAUAAAUGGCUAAAACCUGGGAUUGCUAAGGGGAAACGUGGUGCUAGCUUUGUGGACAGUAAUGUUAAUACUUAUCAAUCUAAUCAAGCUUUUGACCAAGUCUCAUCUUCACCAGAAGGAGAGACAAUUGAAAAAAAAACGGAAAUUACCAGUGGUGCUAGUUGUUCAGGUAUUGGUACGGAAGACACUUUUGUUGAACAAAAUCAGCAAAACACAGUGAUACCAUCUACUACCGACCAUACUGAACGUCAAGCGGGAAUAUCUUCAAAAAAGAGAAAAUAUGAUGAGUCCUAUCUGUCCUAUGGAUUUAUACCGAUAGGGAAUGCUGAAAAUCCUGAUGGAAAAUGUGUUGUUUGCAGCAAGAUUUUGUUGAAUAGCUCCCUGGCACCUGCAAAGCUUAAGCGUCACCUUGAUACUAAUCAUCCUCACCUCAAAAAUAAAAACAUUAGUUUUUUUGAAAGACAAAGAGAUGUACAUCAAGCAGGUGUGACCGCUUUACAAAAAUAUGCAAAAACUGAUAAUGAAAACGCCACGAAAGCCUCAUUCAUGCUAAGUUAUAAGAUUGCACGAGCUGGAAAACCUCACACAAUAGCCGAGGAUUUUUUGAAACCAUGCAUGACUGAAGUUGUUGCCUGCUUGCUUGGAGAGGAUUCAGCUAAGAAAGUGGCAACGGUACAGUGUUCGAACAACAUCGUAUCUGACCGUAUUCAUAAGAUUUCAGACCACAUUGAAGAUGAAUUGAUUGAUAGAUUGAAAGAGAGCAAUGCAUUUGCAAUGCAACUGGACGAAAGUACGGAUGUUGCCGGACUAGCAAUACUGCUAGUUUUUGUCAGAUAUCCAUACAGAGAAUCUAUCGAAGAAGAUUUGUUUCUCUGUGCUCCUUUGGAGGCCGAUACAACUGGAGAAGAAAUUUUUAAAACCCUUCCUUCGCCUGCAAGUGCUAGCUAUCUUGAACUGUUACGAGACGAGCGAUGGUUGAUGAGAUUGGCUUAUUUGGCUGACAUAUUUGAUAAACUGAACACAGUGAGCAGCUCUUUGCAGGGAAGAAUGAUAACCAUAUUUACAGUGAGUGACAAAGUAUCUUCAUUGAAAGAGAAAAUCGCCUUGUGGAUUGAAUGUCUUGGACAAAAAAGAUGCGAGGCUGGGUUUUCAGCGUACGCCUACACGAAAAAUAAGUUUAGGAGUAGGUUGAAUGCUGCACCAGACCUCCGCAUCCAAUUGUCGGACAUAAAACCUGACUUCGAUCUACAAGCAGAGCGCCCGAGAGUUCAAGACGAGGAAUUGUCCACUCCACAUCCACUCCAACUGAGUGGAUGCUGGAGCAACACGUGA